AUGUGUCUGCGUAUUGGGGGGGGACAAGACUACUACCUCUGCAGCUUUAGGCUGCAGCAGCAGCAGCUGGGGUAUGGGGUGCCGCAGCUGCUGCAGCUGAAGGGUUUUUGUGUAUCGACGGCGAAGCAUCCGCUGCUGGAAAAGUGUAAGAACAUUCCCUCAACAGCAGCAGCAGCAGCAGCAGCUGCUGCUGCUGCUGCUGCUGCUGCAGCAAGGAGAAGCGGAGGCGUAUCCCCGCGUACUGCAGCAGCAGCAGCAAAGCAGUUUGUAGUGCAGCAGCAGCAGCAACAGCAGCAGAACGAGAUGGAGGACCAUCAGCAGCAGCAGGAGGAGUUUGUGUGUGAGGAGGAGAGUGUGUGCGUGCAUGAAGAAGCAGCAGCAGCAGCAGCAGCAGCAGCAGCAGCAGCAGGAGCAGGAGCAGCAGGAGGAAUAACGUCUAGCUGCAGCAGCAAACUGGUAGUUGAAGCUGAGCUUGGUGGCUGCAGCUGGCUGCAGCUGCUGCAGCACAAAGCAGAGGUCUUCGAUACCCCACAGCCAUUCGGAGACAUCUGUCUCCUCCCUGGUGAGGGUGCAGCAGCAGACGCAGGAACGCUCACACCUAUACAGCUGGUGGGGCUGCAGCUGAAGCGGCUGCAGCGGCUGCAGCGGCGUGCUGCUGCAGCAAGGAGACAGCUAGACUUUGUCUUUGAGUUUACCAAUCCCUUUGUCUCCUUUGCUGCUUUCUUUUAUCUUAUUGCUGUCGUCAGCAGCAACACAACAACCUCUCUCCUGCUGCUGCUGCUGCUGCUGCUCCUGCUGCUGCUCCUGCUGCAUCCAAGAGCAGCACAGAACACACUUGCUGCAGCACAGAGAUUCCCGCUGCUGCUGCUGCUGCUGCCGCAACAGGCGCUGCCGCUGCUGCUGUUCAAAUGCCCAGCAGAACAAACUGCUGCUGCUGACGUCGCGAGGCAAACAGCCCUUGCUGCAGCAGCAGCUGCUGCUGCUGCUGCUCCUGGGGGAGCAGCAGGAGCCGCUGCAGCAGCAGCAGAAGCAGCAGCAGAAACAGCGGAGACACUCAAGCACGACCCGUCCCCAUCAGCAGCUGCAAGUGCUGCUGCUGUUGCUGCAGCUCUGCUGAUGCUGCAUCGACACCAGCAUCUGCUGCUGCUGCAGCAACCCGCAGCAGCAGCGGCAGCAGCGGCAGCAACGCACGAGGAAACGUUCAGCACCAACACCCACAGCAGCAGCAGCAGCAGCAGGAGCAGCAGCAACGGCAAACCUCUGCCUGCUGAGGGCAAAGCUGAGGCGCAGCAGCAACUGCAGCAGCAGCAACAGCAGCAGCAGCAGCAGGAGCAGCAAGAGCAGCAGCUGCCUCAGCCUGUUUGUGCCCUGCAGCAGCAGCAGCAGCAGCAGCAGCAGCAACAACAACAAUUGAAACAACAGAGACGGCAGCGAGAGUUGCAAGUAGCACAGCAGCAGCAGCAGCAGCAGCAGCAGCAGCAGCAGCAAGGCCAGGGGCCGCCCCAGCUGCCCCCAUACCGCGCAACCGAACGGCAGCACGGAGCCACCGGAGCAGCAGCAGCUGCAGAUGGAUCUGCUGCAGCAGCUGAAGCAGCAGCAGCAGCAGAUGGAGGAGCAACAGCAGCACAAGCAGCAGUAGCAGCAGCAGCAGCAGCAGCAGCAGCAGCAGAUAGCGACGACAGCACAAGCAGUGCUGCUGCUUUCUCACUCGUUGAAGCACAGUAUAGGGGGUCUGGGGGGACGUUUAGGGGCAGCUGUUUCUUCCGCUUGUCUUCAGAUACGCAGCAGCAGCAGCAGCAGCAGCAGCAGCAGGAGGGGGAGCAGCAGCCGCAGACAGAAGCAGCAGCAGCAGCAGCAGGGUUUGCUGUUGCGGUCACUGAGGAGACAGAUGAACUCGGGUGGACCUAUGGAGAAAGCCUCAGGGGGCCCUGGGGAAAGAGAGAGACAGCCACAACGGAUGUACGCAGGCGCAGGUGGCUGCCGCCACGGACGGUCGUGAGGGGCCGCACCAUGGCGGCCAGCAUGCAGCAGCAGCAGCAGCAGCAGCAGCAGCAGCAGCAACAACAGCAGGAGCUUGCAGGUGGGGCGCUUCCGCGUUCCGGGUGUUUUGAACCAGGUGCAGGUGAGGCCCCCCAGCAGCAGCAGCAGCAAAGGCAGCAGCAGCAGCAGCAGCAGCAGCAGCAGCAGCAGCAGCAACCGCAACACGCGGUCAGGAGGAAGAGCGUGGAUGGUGUUUGCCUGCCUAUCGAGUCUGGCUGCGCCAGGAGCAGAAGCCGCAGCAGCAGCAGGAGCAGCAGCAGCAGCAGGAGCAGCAGCAGCCACCGCAGCAGCAGCAGCAGCAGGAACAAAAAGACAGGUAUAGCAGAGGCAGCAAAACUUGCUUCGACUUGGUUAGGAAAGAAGCUGCGGGCUCACACUGCGCAGCGGAUCCGUGGGGUUGUCUUGCAGCAGCAGCAGCAGCAGCAGCAGCAGCAGCAGCAGCAACAGCAACAGCAGCAACAGCAGCGACAGGAGCAGCUGCUGCUGCAGCAGCAGCUGCUGCAGCAGCAACCGCAGCAACCGCCAACCGGAUGGAGUCUUCCUGCAUGCGUUGAAGAUGACUACUUCUCCGCAGCAAGCACAGCAGCACAAUGUGCUGCUACAGCAGCAGCAGCAGCAGCAGCAACAGCAGCAACAGCAGCAAAGGGAGCAGAAGUACCCGUCCUUAUGCACAGCUGCAGUGAGGGCAGCAGGGAUUGGUUGGAGCCGCAGCAGCCUGCUGCCACAUCUGCUGCUGCUGCUGCUGCUGCUGCUGAUUCUCUCUCCGGGGCGGGCUCAGCAACCUGCGCUGCAGCAGCAACCGAAGCAGCAGCAGCUUUAGCGGCAGAAUCCGUAGCUACUGCUGCUGCUGCUGCCGCUGCUGCUGCUGCAGCGAAAGAAGAUGUGGCAGAUGCUGCAAUGGAGGAGGCUUCUGCUGCUGCACCCCAUAGGACAAAACCCAGGACACAAACAGCAGCAGCAGCAGGAGCAGCAGCAGCAGCAGCAGCGCCUGCUGCAGCAACAGAAGCAGAUGCUCCUGCUGCUGCAACGGGAGACACGCGUCCGCAAACAGUAAAGACAGAGAAAGGAGCAGAAGCUGAAGAGACAGCAGCAGCAGCAGCAGCAGCAGCAGCAGCAGCACUGCAACAGGCAGAAACCACGCUAAGAGGAGCUCAUGCUGCUGCAGCAGCAGAUGCAGCAGCAGCAGAGGAAGAGCGGAAAACAGCAAAUGAGGCAACAGCAACAGAAGCAGCAGCAGCAACAGCAACAACAGCAACAGCAACAGCAGCAACACCAGCAGCAGCAAAUGGAAGACAGCAACAGACCGAAAGCGAGCAGGGGCUUGCCCCUUGUGCUGCACCUUCAGCAGCAGAAGGAGCAGCAGCAGCAGCACCUGCAGCAGCAAACGCAACAGCAGCAGCAGCAGACGUCGAGGCGACGACUCCAGAAGCUGCAGCAGCAGAAGCAGCAGCAGCAGAACCAGCAGCUUCCCCUGCAUCCGGCAGCAGCAUUGAUGCUGAUUCGCUUGCUGCAGCAGCAGCUAGAGCAGCAAUGCCCUCAACAGCAGCAGCACCUCCUACUCCUCCUGCUCCUGUUGCUGCUGCUGCUGCUGCUGCCCCUCCUGCUGCUGCUGCUGCUGCUGCUGCAGACGGCAGCAGCGGGGGCGGGCUGCGGGGCUUUUGGUUUGAGCUGCUGGGGGUCCCCGACAUGAAGGGGCCCUUCGCCGCUCCCUCCAUUGCAGAGCAGCAGCAGCAGCAGCAGCAGCAGCAGCAUGAGCAGCAGCAGCAGACACAACAUCAACAACGGCAGCAGCAGCAACAGCAGCAGAAAAAACAGACAACGGGGCGGAGACUGUCUUUCGCUUUUUACCGAGAUGGAAAGCUUGAGCAGCAGCAGCAGCAGCAGCAACAGCAGCAACAGCAGCAACAGCAGCAGCAGCAACAGCAGCAGGCAGAGCUGGACGUGCAUCCUCUGCAGCAGAUAAACCCAGCUGCUGCUGCCUUGGUUGUGCUGCAGCGAGAGCAGCAGCACCUGACACCGCAGCAGCUGCAGCAGCAGCAAACCGAGCAAGCCGUGUGCCGUCUCCAUCGUGCUGAAGAGGCUCUCUGGCUCCAGCAGCAGCAGCAGCAGCAGCAGCAGCAGCAGCAGCAGCAGCAGCAGCAGAAGCGGCGGUGGUGGUGCUGGUCCCCCCGCAGGCUGCCCCUUUGGGUCGUUCCCCCCCCUGUCUCCUUCUGCGCUCUCUGUGGGGGCGAUCUAUCCUCACGGGCAAUCAGAGAAGCAGCAGCAGCAGCAGCAGCAGCAACAGCAGCAGCAGCAGCAGCAGCAGCAGUAGAGGCAGAGGAAGACAAUGCUUCGGUCCGACCGGCACUUCUCCAUGGGUCCCUCAGCAGCACGCUUGAUGCUGCUGCUGCUGCUGCAGCAUCAGCAAAAACCACCAGCAUACCUUCCGCCGCCUCGCUGCUGCAGCAGCUGCUGCAGAGCCGUUGCUCUGCAUCUGCUUCAGGUGUACAGACAGCUGCUGCUGCUGCUGCUGCUGCUGCUGCCAACUACCCCACGACUGUGUGUGCUGCCUGCUACAUUCGGGUUCUUAGGGGGCGUGCAGCAGCAGAAGCAGCAGCAGCAGCGGCUGCUGCUGCAGCUGCUGCUGCUGCUGCCAAUGCAGCUCGAAUUCAUCGCCUCACAGGAGGCCGCAUCCACUCUCUACGUUGCUCAGCCCCAUCAGCAGCAGCAGCAGCAGCAGCUGCUGCUGCUGCUGCUGCAGGAAAGAGCGCGAUUGCGGGGGAGACGGCUGCAAGCGCAGCAGCAGCAGCAGCAGCAGCAGCAGAAGGGUGUGAGAUGCAGCAUUCGCGCGACAGCAGCGUGCACAGCAGGAGCAGCAGUAAGAAGAAGGUUGGCAGCAGCAGCAGCAGCAGCAGCAACAGCAGCAGCAGCAGCAGCAGCAGCAGCUUGGAUGUAUUUGCAACUUAUAGAGAACUGAGAGGAGCAGCAGAGAGACUGCUAGACUGUGUGUGGCGUGCUGUCUCCUUUCUUGAGCGUGUUAUGAAUCUCUUUUGCUGGGGGAAUGAGGCGGUGACACGGCUGCUGCUGCUGCUGCUGCUGCUGCUGCUCCCCGUGCUGCUGCUGCUGCCCCUCAGCCUAUUGGGGGGACUCUUUGUCUUUGAUCUCUUCUAUACUGGCCUCAAGAGAGGCAUAUGGAAGCGUCAUGCUGCUGCUGCGCUGCAGCAGCACCUAGCAGCAGCACUUGCUGCUGCAGCAGGUGGCCCUACAACCUUCUGGUGCUUUAAGGUGCGACAGCAGCAGCAACAGCAGCAGCAGCAGCUGCUGCUGCUGCAGGCGCAACAAUCACCGCUGCAGCAGCUGCAGCAGCGGCAAUGGAAGCAGCUGCAGCAGGAGCUGCUGCAGCGCACUGGGGUGUAUGUACCGCUGCAUGUGUUUGACGCUAGUUAUAGUGAUGAAACCCUUAUAGAAGAAAUAAGGAGACUGUCUCCUUUUGCUUCUCCUCUCGUACACCCCCAUCCUUGGUGGCUGCUGGGGCUGCUGCAGCACGCCCCCACAAACGUCACACAUGAUGCAGCAGAGCAGGUGCUACUCUAG